AUUUACACCGGAUAUCGAGCUUGUCAAUGUGACCUGCCGUUACUCGCACACAGUUAUGUUUUAAUAGACGCGAUUAGAUAAACACUUAGAAAAUGUUUCUCACCACAGUAAACUUGGCGAAGGCAAAAUCCAAGACCAUCCUGGUGCAGAUGGUGAGUGCUGCAGGGACCGGAUACUUCUUCAACACAAAGAGGAACCGACUCAGAGACAAACUGGUGCUGCGCAAACACGAUCCAUUUGUGAACAAGCACGUCCUGUUUUUUGAGAAGAGGAAGAUCAGAUCGAUUUAACCGCAGCACACCGACACACACAGAUGGACAAAAUGAACUUGCAGAGGUUUAAAGGCAUCGUUUUUAUUGCCGGGGAUGGUACAGCGGGUUAAUCUGGUUGACGUGUUUAUCAGAGGAUCUUCCUGGAUGGAUAAAAGUGGAACUCCAGGCUUGAACAAAAGAGACUUGAAACCAGAAAAGUGAUGUUAUGUAAGGGGACCACCGCUGCCAUGAUCUGAAGCUGUUCAUUGGUUCAAAAUAAUUAUUUAAUUGGGUGAAUGUACUUUGUGAAACAUUUGUUGUGGUUAAUUCAAAUAAAAUAAUCUCAAUGAUUGA